ACAAACGUGUGUAGAGUUGCAUGUGCGUGUUAUUUCAUAUGGUGCUUAAAUACUUCUGUAUUUAGAUUGAAAAUAAACCGCGACCCACCAGCAAAUAGAUUUGCUGGGAGAGAGUGGAGAAAGACGCAAUCAGGAGAUUGCAUAAAUUACGGGAUCGUCCGUAUCAAUCGCAAAAAACCAACCACACAGUAACUCAAACAUGGGAAGGAAGUUGGAUCCUACCAAUAAGGUUAAGCGAGGGCCUGGACGAAAGUCUAGGAAACAGAAAGGAGCAGAGACUGAGAUUGCAAAAUUCUUAGUGGAUGAGGAGACAGAGCCAAAAAGGCUGUCAAGCAGAGCACGGAAACGAGCUGCAAAGAGAACACAACCUUCCGUCCCAGCUAAAGAAGAAGCUGCAAAGAAACAGCCACAAAAAGGGUUCACGGAUGAGAACAGUGAGUGGCUGAAACCAGCCAAGCGGAAGCGGCCUGCUGACGAAUCGGACGGUGAGGAGGACAGUGACAGCGAAUGGGAACAGGAAGAAGAUGAGGAAGGAGUGGUUAAGGGAGCAGGACUUGAAGCAGAAAAAGCUGAUGAAGAUGGUGAAGAGGAGGGGGAGGAGGAGAAAGAGGAUGGUGGCGAUGACGACGGUGAUGGAGAUGAAGAAAUGGUAGAUGACUACGGUGCGACGGAUGACAGUAGUGAAGGAGAGGGGGACGAUGCGGAUGGAGAAGAGCUGCUCCCCAUUGAGAGGGCUGCCAGGAAACAGAAGAAGCUGGAGGCGGCUAUGGAGCAGGAGAGCGAUGAUGAUGAAGAGGAGGAGGAGGAGGAAGAGGAAGAGGGGAGCGGGAGCGAGCAUGCAGAUGAAGAGGACACCGUGCAGGCCAACAUUGAUGAGAUGGACAGAUUCAAACUUCCUGACGCUGAGGACAGAGAGAAAGAGGGAUUCCUUCCUUUAGACCUGCAGUCCAUCCAUCAGAGAAUUAAGGACAAUGUGGAUGUCCUCUCCAACUUUGCCAGCAAGAGGGAGGAGGGGAAAGAGAGGGCGGACUAUCUCUCCCUCCUGAAGAAGGAUCUGUCGACUUACUACAGCUAUAACAACUUCCUCAUUGAGAAACUGCUGGACAUCUUCCCAGUAUCAGAGUUGAUUGAUUUCCUGGAGGCCAAUGAAGUUCACCGGCCGGUCACCAUUCGAACGAAUACCCUCAAGACAAGGAGGCGGGACUUGGCUCAGGCCCUGAUCAACAGAGGGGUAAACCUCGACCCCUUAGGAAAGUGGUCGAAAGUGGGCCUGGUCAUAUUUGACUCCUCUGUACCUAUAGGUGCAACCCCGGAGUACUUAGCUGGUCAGUACAUGCUUCAAGGUGCCUCAAGUCUGUUGCCCGUCAUGGCACUCUCUCCCCAGGAGGGGGAGUCAGUACUUGACAUGAGCUGUGCCCCAGCAGGCAAGACCACAUAUAUGGCUCAACUAAUGAGAAAUACGGGUGUGAUCGUGGCCAAUGACGCGAGUGCUGAGAGACUGAAGAGUGUGGUGGGCAAUAUCCAUCGUCUGGGUGUCACCAACACGGUCAUUUGCAACUAUGACGGCAGGCAGUUUCCUAAGGUGAUGGGUGGGUUUGAUCGCGUCUUGUUGGAUGCCCCUUGCUCUGGUACCGGAGUUAUUUCCAAAGACCCAGCCGUGAAAACCAGUAAGGAUGAGUCUGAUAUCCAGCGCAGUGCCCACUUGCAAAAGGAGCUCAUUCUGUCAGCCAUUGAUUCCCUCAAUGCAGAGUCUAAAACAGGUGGUUACCUGGUCUACUGCACCUGUUCCAUCAUGGUGGAGGAGAAUGAAUGGGUUGUGGACUAUGCCCUGAAGAAAAGGAACGUCAAACUGGUACCCACUGGCCUGGACUUCGGCAAGGAGGGGUUUACAAGGUUCAAAGAACGCCGUUUCCACCCCUCCCUCCGUCUCUCAAGACGAUUCUACCCCCACUCGCACAACAUGGAUGGAUUCUUUGUGGCGAAACUGAAGAAGUUCUCUAACACUGUUCCAACCCUACCCCCUGGUGAACCAGCAGAAGAGGAGACUGUACCUGCUGAGACGGAGACUCCUGCACCCUCAAAGGAAAGCCCUAAAAAUCCAGGGUCAAAGGGCAAGGCCAAGAAACCACUCAAAGUCAAAGCAGACAUUGCAAAGGGGAAGGUUGCGACAAAUGGAGCUGUUGCAAAGAAAGUCGCCAAGAAGCCAGAGGCUGUGCUAAAAAAGAUAAAAGAUGGAAAGAAGAAACCUAAGGUAGCCAAGGAAGGUACAGAGACUGUAAAAGAAGUGAAGGCCGAGGAGACAAAUGAGGGUAGCAAGUUUGAGAAAAAAAUGGGUAAAAAGAGGAAAACUCUCAUGAAGAAAACAAACAGAUUGGGCAAGAACAAGUUUAAGAAGUUUAAGAAGCUGCUGAAAAAAGAAGUGGCGUGAGAAGCAUGUAACUCUGAUGUAAUGAUGUAACAUACACGUGAAGGGGGAUUGGGGUUAUAGACUGGAUGGAGCCAGUCCAUCACUGAUCUCUAUGCAGAGGGGAGGGGGGGGGGGGCUUGGGACUUACAGACUGCAUUGGUCAUUGCAGCAAUUCUUUAUGGGGCAUAUUUUUAUGCCCUUAGUUCAAUACUACACCCUUGAACAGAUAACUUGCAUCUUUCCUGGAAAGAUUUAUAUUUGUAUGUAUUCAUUUGUCCUAGAGAUUGUUGUAAGAUGUUGUCCUGAAGAUUGUUCAAAGAAUGACUUUGAUAAAUAUUACUGUGUGAGAAGAAUGAAUAAAUUUCAUCUCAGCUUUCCUCAGUACCUGUGUGUACCUGAGAUGGGUUUCAUCAUUCAAAAAAGAGCUUUGGUUAAUAAAUCAUCCAUUCAUUUUGUUUUUAUUCAUAAUUGUAUUAAUAGACUUGUACAAUGAUGAACUGUAUUAAUUAAAUGACUUGAAAAUAA